AUCCGGUGGCAUCAUCUUCUCUGAGAACGUUUAGUUAGCUAGUUGUGCCUCGUAUUUUAAUUUAGUUCAUUUCACACAGCGACAAAAAUGCCAACACUGUGUUCAGCAUACAACUGCAAAAAUCGCGGUCCCAAAGCUGAUGUAGGAUUUUUUAGACGCAAGCGAUGGAUUAUUAAUAUGAAGUGGAAAGACUGGAAUCCGCAACACCACCACCGUGUGUGCUCCAUUCACUUUGAAGACAAGUACAUUUGCCGGAUGGACAAACGUCAACGUCUCACGCCAGACGCAGUCCCGACCAUUUUUGACUUCCCAGAGAACUUUCAAAAGAAGAAGGCAUCCAUCCACCCACAGAGUAGAAGAGCCAGGGUAAGAGUGAUGGGUUGCCAGAGAAGUAUACUGCUGCCCGUGCUGUUACAGUGGCUGAACCGGUCACAACACCAAGCCCCACCAUCACAUCAGAGACGAGCAAGCUGGCUAAAGACAAUACUAACGCUCCAGAAAAAGUUACCUCUUCAAGUUGGUAUAUCCAUGUAGAUGAAGAAAUCCAAAUGGCUGAAUCCCUCCCAGGUUUCUUCCACAGUGAUUACUGUCUACCACACGUGAGUGGCUCUAGGUGGUCUGAUUGGACUGUUGCUUUGCCAGAUAUACAGGGAUUAUUU